UCGGCGCUGCUGCGACACGAUCGCUCCGCUCUCUCUCUUGCGAGGCGCGACGAGAGCCACGCUUCUCUAGAGGUGCCGGGCUACCACCACCGCACCACCACCGUGAACUCACAUAAACUCGAUACCGGGGACUAAGCUCCGGUAGUCGCGAGCGGCCAACUCAUCGAGCGGGUGCAUCAGCGUGGGUGCUUGCGACAGUGCAGCGCGCGCAAAGGCGCAUUACACACACACAUACACACCCACACGCACACGCACCCACACGCACACAUAUAUACAUAUAUUUACACAUAAUAUACGUACACGGCCGCCACGUAUAGACACGAGGGUGUUCGCGCGCGCGCGCAGCCACGCGCGCGUACGCACUGCUCGCGCGUGCGACGCGUCGUAUCCCGCAGCGGGAGAAGCGACGGAGAAGCUUUCGGGGCGCGAGGAAAACCGUGUACUCGCGCACGAAGUAGCAUCGGGCAUAGUCGGGCUCGUGAGCAGAUCGUAGUGCGCGCAAGCUUGCGAAGAAUAGUCGAGACGGACGCCUGAGAGGGAAGAUCGACGUGCGAGCUCCCAGUGCCGGAGCUUGCGGAGACGCGCUACCUUCUCGGGGAAAAUUCCGUCGUGGAGCUUUUCGGCCAACUCGAGUGCUUCCCGGAGCAUCCGGGGAUCGGCGAGUCGACUUGUCGCGAGGAAUGUACGUGUAGAGUCUGACGGAUUGGAUGCAUCGUGGAAGAAGCACGCGCGCCGCUUGCGUAAGCUGUCACGCGUAAGAGAUUUCGUGUUCUCUAGGAGGAAGUUAGGAAGAAGCUAGGAGGAAGAAGUCUGGGACCAUAGAUGGGAAGAUAGAUUCCACUGCGCGGGACGAGUUUGCGCGAUCAAAAAAAAAAAAAAAAAAAAAAAAAUUCGCGUGCGCUAUUAAAGUGCUCGAUGAACGUAUAUCUUGUUUGGUACGAGCGAAUGACAAACGCCUCUCUUUUUGUUCCCACGGCAAAACUUUAAAAAAGCACGCCGAGAAGCUGUGGACGCUCCUCUUUCGUUGACUGUUUGGUGUCUACUCGUAAGCAUUUUCUCAUCUAUUCUAAAGAGCAUCUUCGGCAAGGCUUUAUCCCUGUGAAUUUUAAUUCCGCGAACAUGAACGAGUUCACAAUUGUCCGCCCGGGUAAUACACAAAAGGCUUCGUAGCAAAAUAUUCUUCUCAUCUUUAGCCAGCUGGCAUCCACGAGCGCUUUGAAGGAAGCUGACAUCGCGAUACAUAGUGUCUUAAAUAAUAUUUUGUGAAUAGUUCUAUAUAUAUACACGAGCUCUAACUCACAACAGAAGAGAAGUUUUAGAGAAAUCUAUAAUCUUCUCGCAAUUCUGAAAUUACUGUCGCGUCAUAAUUGUCUUCAGCCUUUGAAACGAGCUUUCUCGUUAUCGUUAAUGAAAGGAAAACGUUUUGUUACUUGUUACUGGUGAAGCUCUCCCGACUCGAUAGAUAUAUCGAGUCCAUUCCAUUGAUGAACGAUGUCGUCGACAGCCGCCUUUUCGAAAAGUGCACUCGAAAAAUUUACAUAAGGAUCGAAGGCAAAGAGCUUGCAAGAAGCUCGAGAAUGUAGUGUUCUAGGUGCUCGCUGGCGGAGACUCAAGCUCAGACUGUCACGGUGGCUAAGCGAGCCGAAACAGGUGGAAGAUUUUCGGCGCGAUAUCCCGAAGAGCCUCACGAAGAGCUAUCGUGCGACUAUCGAUGAUGGUGGAAGGCACGUUGCCAGAACACGAUUGGUUAGUCCGGCGCGCGUCUCCGCUCGGCUCGUGCUUUGCUGCUAUGUGGCGGUCAUCGUUCGUUAAGCUUCAUCAUUUUUCGAGAACAAAAUAAGAGAAGAGAGAAAUUCCGUGAGGAAUGCCAGGCGCGAAAUGACAAAUUUCGGGCUGAUGCCCGAUCUUAGGCUGCCAACGCCUAAGUCAUCAUCGUCUUCGUUGCAGCGUAGAAGAGACAAAUGUUGCUUAGCCAAUUGUUAAUGCGUCUUUUCGGAAUAUCAUUGCAACGCGUAGAAUUUAUGAUGACGAAUACGGCAAAGUGGAACAAGUCUUGGUUUCGAUAUCUGCAUCUUGAAGAGCAAGAACGACGAUAAGAAAUUCUUGAAGAAAUUGGAAAUUUGUUCCCGGCGGGAGAAAAAACUUCGUUUUGAAAAGAGUAUUAAGUGUACUCAACCACGCGACGAGUAGAUAAAUAAAUAGAUUUGUAGAUAAAUAAGCAAACAAAUAGAUGGAAGUAGAGCGGCUGCCGAUCGUGCGGAAGAUAUAUAGCGAGUAGAAUUCUCAAAUGUAAGAGAGUUAAGAUCAGACUAGAGAAACGUUUUAGAAACUGAGGAGAACUUGAAUUAAAAAUAGAGAUUAGUAGCGUGAUCGUUCUUUGAGAGAUGUAGGCUAAUAGUCAUAUACAGUGAUCGUACGGCGGACUUGAAAAGCAUGAAUCAAACGAACGUCAGCUCAAGCUGACCUAGAAGAACCGAGACAAGAAGUGAUGUGUUUUCCACGUCACAAAUUGGAAAGAGGAAGUCUUUAAGUUUAAAGAAUUUAUCGGAUAUGAAGAAGGAUAUUUAGGAGACAUCUUUGGAGAGCUGCCAGUCUCGCGGAUGCAAAAAAUUGUUUUAAGUUGUUGCAAGACAAAUAUCGUCAAGAUAUCGACGAACAUUUAAGCGGUGUAGUAAAUUUCAAUUCAUAAAUGCCGAACCGGCGAAAAAAAUCGAUGUACUCUACUCGAUCGAAGAAUUUCAUCUUUUGUCGAAAAAAAAAUGAUUUGCGGUAAGAGAAUAAUGCGAUGCGGGUCGAAUCGUGGAUGUUAGAUUUGUCGUAGCUGUAGAUCGCCAUCCUGAAAGAGAACGAAGAUCUUCAGACAUAUCGAAGAAGGAGGGUCGACUCGAGAGUGGAGCGUGUCGCCGACGCUUCGAGUAAAAUCGACGCUGGCUCUCCCGCUAUCCUGAAGGAAGAUUCCACCAUCAAGCAUGGCCUCGGUGGCAGCGUGGUUACCAUUUGCCCGGGCGGCGGCGAUCGGCUGGGUGCCGAUUGCCACACAUCCACUGCCACCGCCGCCGAUCCCCAAGGAUCGGCGCAAGGCUGAUGACGAAAAACUGCUGAUCAACGUGAGCGGCCGUCGCUUCGAGACAUGGCGCAACAUGGAGAAGUAUCCGGAUACAUUGCUCGGCUCGAACGAGCGCGAGUUCUUCUACGACGAAGAUAGCAAGGAGUACUUCUUCGACCGAGACCCGGACAUCUUCCGGCACAUUCUCAAUUAUUAUAGAACCGGUAAGUUGCAUUACCCAAAGCACGAGUGCCUGACGAGUUACGACGAGGAGUUGGCGUUCUUCGGCAUCCUGCCGGACGUGAUCGGUGACUGCUGUUACGAGGACUAUCGGGAUCGCAAGCGCGAGAACGCCGAGCGGUUGAUGGACGACAAGCUGAGCGAGAACGGCGAUCAGACCCUCCAGCUGCUAGAUAUCCGGGAGAAGAUGUGGCGAGCAUUCCAAAAUCCGCACAUCUCCACCGCCGCAUUAGUCUUCUACUAUGUUACCGGAUUCUUCAUCGCUGUGAGCGUACUGGCGAACGUGGUGGAGACCGUGCCGUGCGGGAAUCGUCCGGGUCGUGCCGGUACUCUCUCGUGCGGCGAGCGCUACAAGAUUGUGUUCUUUUGCCUCGAUACCGCGUGCGUGAUGAUCUUCACGGCCGAGUACCUGCUGAGGCUGUUCGCCGCGCCCAACCGGUGCAAGUUCGCGCGCUCCGUGAUGUCGGUCAUCGACGUGGUCGCGAUACUGCCCUAUUACAUCGGGCUCGGAAUCACCGACAACGACGACGUAUCGGGCGCGUUCGUGACGUUGCGAGUGUUCCGCGUGUUCCGGAUCUUCAAAUUCUCCCGGCACUCGCAGGGACUACGGAUUCUGGGCUACACCUUAAAGUCCUGCGCCUCCGAGCUGGGUUUUCUCGUGUUCUCGCUCGCGAUGGCCAUCAUCAUCUUCGCCACCGUCAUGUUCUACGCGGAGAAGAACGUCGAGGAGACCAACUUCACCUCGAUACCAUCCGCCUUCUGGUACACUAUCGUCACGAUGACUACGCUGGGCUACGGUGACAUGGUUCCGAAAACGAUUGCGGGAAAAAUCGUCGGGGGUGUAUGCUCCUUGAGCGGUGUCCUAGUGAUCGCUUUACCGGUACCUGUUAUCGUCAGUAAUUUCAGCAGAAUAUAUCAUCAAAAUCAACGUGCUGACAAACGAAAGGCACAGAGGAAAGCCAGAUUGGCGCGCAUUAGAAUCGCGAAGGCGUCGAGCGGCGCCGCCUUCGUAAGCAAAAAGAAGGCAGCGGAGGCGCGUUUGGCCGCUCAGGAGAGCGGGCUGCAGCUGGAGGAAUACUGUAAGGAGGAUAUCUUUGAGCUGCAGCAUCAUCACCUACUUCGUUGUUUGGAGAAGACCACGGACCGUGAAUUCGUGGAGAUGGAGGUGCCGUUCAACGGUGCCCCGAAGAGGCCGGGUUCGCCGUCGCCCCUGACCUCACCCGCGCACAGCACUGCCUCCAGGGGCGGCCUGCUGCAGUCCUGCUGCGGGCGCUGCUACCCUCAACGUUAUCAGCCGAAGGAACAGCGGGAGCCUGUAGUGGAGCACCCACUUCAGAUCAGCCAGGACCUAAAGAAGCGCGAUUCGCACAUCUGCGACAUGCAGGCCCUACAGCCACUUCCGGCCCCCACCAACACCGCCAACACCGCGCCCGUCAUGACUACUUCCGGUGGGCAACCACCGCUCCCGGUAUCGGAGACCGUUUGAAUCGCGACGAUCACGAGAACCGAUCACGAUCGUCUGUGAUAAUGCGCUAAUCAUGCAUUAUCGCGCCACCAAUCACCUAUAAACUGACCGCCGUCCUCCUCCACACCUGUGCUCGCUGAACCUGAUGAACGAACCACGGUCGACUACGGUCGAAGCAACGGUGAGCCAUCAAUCACGAUCUUUCAAGGACGCAGCGCGAACCACCGGAAGUAGUCGUGGAUCUUGUUAACCCGCAUUUUACUGCGCAUUAUUAUUUCGCAUGUUCUUUUAUCGAAGUUCCAUAUCGCGUGCCACUGUUUAUUCAAAACUCGCAUUUGCUCUCUAAUUUUUUUUUAUCUAAAGUUUAUUU